AUGGAGGAUUUCGGCAGCAGCGACGAUGAUUAUCAGUACUCUGAUCAAGAAGAUUCUGAUUGCGAAUUAUACGAAAACAACGAUCAAAACUUUGACUUACUCUCUUCCACUGCUCAGGUGAUUACUGAGGAAUCAUUGCUGGCUGCACAGAAAGAGGACUUGCGGAGAGUGAUGGACAUGCUUUCUGUAAGGCAACAUCAUGCGCGGACAUUGCUGAUUUAUCAUCGCUGGGAUGUGGACCAUUUGUUUGAAGUUUAUGUGGAAAAAGGGAAGGCAUAUAUGUUUGCUCAGGCAGGUGUUAGUGUGGAUGAAUGUCGUGAUUCUAACUCACUUGUUAGUGCUUCAGUAAUGUGUGAAAUCUGCAUGGACGAUAUUUCUAGUGAUGAAGCAACAAGAGUGGAUUGCGGUCACUGCUUUUGCAACUCCUGUUGGACACAGCAUUUUAUUGUCAAGAUAAAUGAGGGUCAAAGUAAACGCAUCAGAUGCAUGGCUCACAAGUGUAAUUCCAUUUGUGAUGAAGCUGUUGUAAGAACUUUACUCGGUAGAAAGCACCCUGAUAUGGCAGAGAAGUAUGAGCGGUUUCUUCUUGAAUCCUACAUCGAAGACAAUAAAAGAGUUAAAUGGUGUCCGAGCACACCACAUUGUGGGAAUGCAAUUCGUGUGGAGGGUGAUAAAUUGUGUGAAGUAGAAUGUUCAUGUGGAGAUCAGUUUUGUUUUAAUUGCUUGUCAGAAGCACACUCACCCUGUUCGUGUUUGAUGUGGGAGCUUUGGGAAAAGAAGUGUCGUGAUGAAUCAGAAACUGUUAAUUGGAUAACGGUUCAUACAAAAGCUUGUCCAAAGUGCCACAAACCGGUGGAGAAGAAUGGUGGCUGUAAUUUGGUUAGCUGUAUUUGUGGUCAAGCAUUUUGUUGGUUGUGUGGUGGAGCUACUGGCCGGGAGCAUACUUGGUCAAGUAUAGCAGGUCACAGCUGUGGUCGCUACAAAGAACAAGAGAAAACAGCUGAGCGGGCAAAGAGGGAUCUGUAUAGGUACAUGCAUUAUCAUAACCGAUAUAAAGCUCACACAGACUCCUUUAAGCUUGAAAGUAAACUGAAAGAUACCAUACGAGGGAGGAUUUCUAUAUUGGAAGAAACAAAAAGUUCUGAACUCAGUGAUUAUAGCUGGAUACAUAAUGGACUCUCUAGACUUUUUAGAUCUAGGCGUGUCCUUUCAUAUUCAUAUGCAUUUGCAUUUUAUAUGUUUGGAGAUGAGCUUUUUAAAGAAGAAAUGUCAGAAGCUGAAAGGGAAAUGAAACAGAACUUAUUUGAGGAUCAACAGCAGCAGUUUGAGUCAAAUGUUGAAAAACUCUCUAAGAUGCUGGAGGAGCCUUUUGAUACUUUUGAAUGUGAGAAGGUUAUGGAGAUAAGAAUGCAGAUAAUAGAUCUAGCAACACUGAUUGAUGGUCUUUGUAAAAAAAUGUAUGAGUGCAUCGAGAAUGAUUUAUUGGGUUCUAUUAAUCUUGGCACUAUCCACAGUAUAGCACCAUAUAGAUCAAAGGGCAUAGAGAGAGCUUCAGAACUUCAAGUUUGUUGGAGCAAUAAAGCCAACAAUACGGGUGUAACAGCAGAGUUUGAUCGGUCAGAAGAGAGUGGAUGUUCUUCUCGUAAGCGUGCCAGAAAAGACGGUGAAAUGUUUGAUCUAAACUUGCCAGCUGAGGCUCUAGACAGAAUUUGA